ACAGACGUGCUGGGCGUGCCGAUAUAGCAUACUUUUAGACUUCGCGUAACACGCUGCUUUUUGUGUCUUGUGGUUCUCUUUUAUAUUGAAUUCUCAGUAAUGCCUCCUAAAAAGGCAGCAGCAGUAGUAGCAGCCUCUGCUGAUCCACCUGCGCCGUCCUCCAGUGAAGCCCCGCAGGAAAAGAAAAAAGAUGCUGCGUCGCUGCGCAAACUUACAGCUCAUCCCUCCACAGCAAUUAUGGUGAAAGAAGCACUUAAAGAGUUGGACUCGCGCAAAGGGGUUUCAUUCCAAGCCAUACAGAAUUACAUUAAACAAAAAUACCCCUCGGUGGAUUUGGUAAGGCUGAAGCACUUCGUCCGUAGAGCCCUGCAAAAAGGACUGGAGACUGGUACGUUGGUGCGUCCUGCUAACUCCAAUGUCACUACAGUCGCAAAGGGAAAAUUUAGGCUUGCACCUAAAGUCAAGGAGGCAAAGCCCAAAGCUGAGAACGUGGAUCCCAAUGUGCAAAACGCAGCCAAGGAUGGAGUCAAGAAGUCCAAAAAAACAGGUACCACGAAGAAGAAAGACACAGAAGAGGCCAAGUCACCAGAGGUGCCUCCCAAAAGGUCUAAGAAAGAAAAAGAGGCUGCUACCUCAGAGGCUACUAUCUCAAAGGCUGCUCCAGCAAAGAAGCCAAAAGCUAAAAAAGCUGCAGAAAAGGUUGAUGUGGAAGCCUCUGAUUCAGCUGAAACUCAAGUAGCAAAGACCACCAAGGAGGCCCAACCUAGAGUAGCAAAGACCACCAAGGAGGCUGAACCUAAAGUAGCAAAGGCAGGAAAUGCGACGCGGAGCAAGGCUGCUAAAGCAGGCAGCGACGCCCCUGCUGCUAAAGCAACUGGGAAACGAGGAAAGAAGACUGCAGAAUAAAUUUAUUGGUUUUAUACUCUUUUUGUUUGCAAUAAAAUCUUAACUUUUGGAGCUCUUGUGUGAUCUCUAAA